AUGGCUUCCGAGACCCUCCCUGAUGCUCCGGCAGCUCCCCCUGUUAAGCAGUCGGUGCGCUCUUUCAAAAAGAAAUAUGCGAAGACGAAGGUCAAAUUUGAGCUAGGAACACGAGAGAAUGAGACUCUUAUUCGGGAAGAACUACGGAUUGAGGAUCUAUCCAAGCGCAUCCAGGAACAGAACGAUCAAUUGCUCGAAGUUCUGCUUGAGUUUAACGAGAGUAUCCAUGUCUCCCCUACCAUGCGUUUCGAUCUGAACAUGCCCGGCGACAUCCCUUCCCUCUCCGCUUCCGAGCAAGAGAUCGCGCCCCUGGUCAAUGACGCGACCCUCGCUAGAACUGCAUUGAAAGAAGCUAAGGCCGAACUUGCAGGAGGCAAUCUUUCAGCGAGCGCCUUCCGCCAAGUCGAACAAAGCAUCAAACGAAACAAAGAGUUCGCCCCAUCAAUGCAGUACAGCAACCUCAGCCAAGUCCCACACACCAACCCCAUUGCUCCAGACCAAGAAAAGGGAGCCGGUGCGGCCGAACGCAAGCUUGGAUACUUCACCCCAGAACACGAGACUGAGUACUAUCUAGCUCUAGACGCAAAGCUCGGCGAUGAAGCCGCCGCAUUGCAACUAGGGCGCGUCCCGGACCCGCCCACAUUUGCCGAGCGGGAGCGUGAUGCUUCCAUUCGAAACCCAGCAUCAGUGUACAACUGGCUGCGACGGAACCAACCUCAAACUCUACAGGAUCACGAAGUUGCUUCCGAGAAGUCCGCAUCCCGACCAUCAAAUCAACGAGCAUCCAAGCGAGCACCUGUACAGCGUAAAGAGGAAGACAAGGAAGUUUUGGACGAGGAUGGAGCGGAUGCGGAGCCGACGCCCAAGAACAAGCGCAAGCGUGACGAAGACACAGGAUACCGGCCCAAGGGCGGUAGCAGUCGACCAAAGAAAAAGAAAGAAGAGUCGACACCCACUGCCAAUCGCAGUGCCAAAAAGACCUGA